GGUCUUUCUCGGCUUGCGAUAAGCUUUUAAAGCCGCAUCUAUCUGGAAUGAUAUAAUGUACAUGUAUAUCUAGAAAACAUAGACAACUACUUUUCCUUUUUUCUCUUUUCUUUCUUUGUAUAUAUCAAGCAAUGGCAGAUCAAACAAAGCCAAAAGAUAAAAAGAAAGCAGAAACAGUCUCUAUUUGGAGAUUAUUUCAAUUUGCUACUAAGCUUGAUCGAUUGCUUAUAUUUGCAGCUAUGAUAUGUUCAUGUGCAAGUGGUGUUAUACAGCCUGUCUCUAUCUUGUUUUUUGGUAAUGUGCUUAAGAACCUCAGUGAUGCUAUUGCAAAUAAUGAGAAUCUGAUGGACAAGGUGCUUCCUAUCAUUUUACUUUAUGUCUAUAUGGGUGUAGGUGUUUUGGCAGCUGCUUAUAUCUCAAGUUGUUUAUGGAUCUUGACGGGGGAGAACCAGACACGCCGUAUUCGACAGUCUUAUGUCCAUUCGAUUUUGCGACAAGAGAUGGGCUGGUUUGAUAAAGCAGAAGAAGGCUCAUUGACAACUCGUUUAGCAGCUGAUAUUCAGUUAAUUCAAGACGGCAUCUCUGAGAAAUUCGGUCAGUUUCUGAUGUGUUUUGCACAGUUUGUAGCAGGUUGCGCUGUUGCCUUUAGUAAGGGAUGGCGAUUGGCAGCUGUAAUGAUUGCAGUAACUCCCGCUCUUGCAUGUACAGGUGGUGUGAUGGGUAUCUUGGUCACUAAAUUCACAGUGGAGACACAAAAUGCCUAUGCAGAUGCAGGGUCUAUUUCUGAACAAGUUUUUGCUGGUAUUCGUACCGUUUAUUCGUUUUCAUUGCAAGAGAGGUUCGCUAAACGUUAUGAUGACAAACUGGAAAAUGCCAUGCGUGCCGGAAUGAAGCGCGGCAUCAUACUCGGAAUAGGACUCGGUGUCUUUAUGUUUUGUUUGUUUGCCAUGUAUGGUCUGUCUUUUUGGUAUGGAUCUGGUCUAGUAAGACAGCAUACACUAGAUGGAGCUACUGUCUUGGUUGUGUUUUUGUCGAUGAUGAUGGGUGAAUUUUCAUUAAUGCAACUGCCUACAAAUUUGGCUGCUGUUUCUUCUGCUUCUGCUGCUGCCUACAAGAUUUUUGAAACCAUUCAACGAGUACCUGAUAUUGAUUCAGAUGACCAGAAAGGAAAGGUGCCAAAAGAAAUACGCGGUGAAAUCAUCUUUAAUCAUGUCAAAUUCAAGUAUCCUACUCGUCCUGAUACACUCAUUCUCAAAGACCUCAGUCUCAAGGUCAAACCAGGCAUGACAGUGGCUUUUGUUGGUCCUUCUGGAUCGGGUAAAUCCACCAGUGUGCAACUGUUGCAGCGGUUUUAUGAUCCCCUCUCAGGCCAAGUGUCUCUGGAUGGUCACGAUCUCAAGGAGUUGAAUGUCAAGUGGCUUCGUCAACAAAUAGGUGUUGUAAGUCAAGAACCUGUCUUGUUCAAUAUGAGUAUUCGUCAGAAUCUGAUGAUGGGAAGCACGCAUCCAAACAUUACGUUUGAAGACAUCACUGCUGCCUGUAAAAAAGCAAAUUGUCAUAGCUUUAUAAAGCAACUACCUCAAGGAUACGACACAUUAGUAGGAGAGCAUGGCGGUAUGCUAUCGGGUGGGCAAAAACAGCGCAUUGCUAUUGCCCGAGCCAUUUUGAAAAAUCCAGCCAUCUUGUUAUUAGAUGAGGCUACCUCUGCUCUUGACACGCAGUCUGAAAGACUUGUACAAAAAGCGCUUGAUGAAGCCUCUACAAAUCGUACUACUAUUGUUAUUGCUCAUCGUCUUUCUACUGUUCGUAAUGCUGAUUUAAUUGUUGUUAUGGAGCAAGGUAACCUCAUUGAACAAGGAACACAUAGCGAAUUAUUGGCCAAGAGGGGGGUCUAUGCUCAACUAGUCAAGAAGCAAGAAAUCCAGACAUCAAAUGAAGAAGACACAGAUCAUGAAACAUUAUUGAGGAAUGAAGCAAUUGAUGUCAACAGAAGAAGUUGCAUUGAAUUGCAGCAGCGUGGCUCUAGUCCCUCCACUGUCAUCAGUAUGGGAAGAAAGAGUCGCUAUUCAGCAGUGGAUGGUUAUGAAGAGAAGCGACAAAGAGAAAAGCAAGAAAAAAAGGGUCGCAAAAAAAUGAAGGCACCUGUCUGGAGAGUUUUGAGGCAGAUGCGUCCUCAAUGGGGAUGGAUGUCUCUUGGUUGCGUUGGUGCUGCUAUGGCCGGUUCCGUGUUUCCUAUGUAUUCCUUGUUUUUCUCCAAAGUAAUCACGCUCUUGAAUGAAAAUGAUGACAAGAGUUAUGGUCCCUUGGAAGGCCCAAACCUGUAUUCUUUCUUGUUCGUUAUCUUGGGUAUUUGUGCUUUCUUUGGAUUCUCUUUACAGGUAGUGUGUUUUGAAAUUGCUGGUGCAAAGUAUACACGCAAGCUGAGAAGUAUGUUGUUUACUGCUUUUAUGAAGCAAGAAAUUGGAUACUUUGAUCGUGACGAAAAUAGCGUGGGCUCAUUGACUUCUAAGCUGGCUGUGGAUGCAAAGAAUGUCAAUGAAAUGAUUACUCGAGUAUGGGCUGAUCUUAUUCAAAUCCUCUGUACUUCUGUUUUAGGAUUAACCAUUGCUUUUGCACAGAGCUGGAAGCUAACUUUGAUUAUCAUGUGUAUGGCGCCAUUGAUUAUUGCUGCUGCAGGCUGGAAUUCUAAGGUGCAAGAAGGAUUCGAAGGCAAUACAAAAGAUGCUAAUGAAAAAUCUGCUGAAGUUGCUAAUGAAGCUAUCAAGCAAAUACGUACAGUCACUGCCCUUAACAAACAAAGCUAUUUUGAAGAUAAAUACUAUCAGGCAACCGAUAGACCUCAUCGACUUGCUCGCCGUAAAGCAUUUACAUCAUCUAUUGGUUUUGCGUUGCUUCAAGCCAUACCUUUAUUUACAAAUGCAGUUGCUUUCUAUGCCGGAGCAAAGCUUAUUAUGCAGCAACAACUAAGUCUGAAUGGGAUGGUGAUGACCAUGAUGUCUAUUAUGAUUAUGGCUGAUGGUGUUGGUAGAAGUAGUGUGUUUAUUCCGAUCUUUGUGAAGGCCAAGAUUGCCGCUAUCACUGCCUUUGAAAUCAUUGAUCGUCAACCUAGUAUUGAUCCUGACUUGGAAGGUAUCGAGUUUGAACAUGAUGAUAUUGAUGGUGCUAUUAGCUUUGAUAAUGUGGCCUUCCGGUACCCUGCAAGACCUGAUAUUCCUAUUUUUGAUGGCGAAUUCAACUUAAAAGGCAAAUCAGGACAAACAAUUGCCCUUGUGGGUCCUUCUGGAUGUGGUAAAUCAACCACCAUUGGCAUGCUUCAAAGAUGGUAUGACCCUCUCAAGGGCACUGUGCGACUCGAUAACCACAACGUCAAGGCAUUUUCACUCCAUAAUCUUCGAAAGAAAAUGGCUCUUGUAGGUCAAGAACCCAUCUUGUUUGAUCUUUCUAUUGCCGAAAACAUUCGGUUUGGUGUAGACCAAGAUAAGAAAGUUGGCCAACAUGAAGUAGAGGAAGCAUGUAAAGCAGCCAAUAUUCAUAAAUUUAUCACAAGUCUGCCUGAUGGAUAUCAAACGCGCGUAGGCGAUAAAGGAUCUCAAUUAUCGGGUGGACAAAAGCAACGUAUUGCUAUUGCGCGUGCCUUGAUUCGUAAACCAAAGCUACUUUUGCUGGAUGAAGCUACCUCAGCUUUAGAUAGUGAAAGUGAAAAGCUAGUACAGCAAGCAUUAGACAGCAUCCUUGAAGAAGGAGGUCGUACAACCAUCACCAUUGCACAUAGGCUAUCUACUAUCACAAACGCAGACUUGAUUUGUGUCAUUAAAGGAGGCCGUGUCAUUGAGCAAGGAAACCACUGGAGCCUACUUAAACUUAAUGGCGUCUACAGUGACCUGGUAAGACAACAAUCACUAAACGCUUCCUAAGGACUUAGGUGUGACAAAAAAAUACCUAUUAAAAAGCCGUUUUCUUUGUACUUAAUAAACUUGCCUUUCC